GAGGCUCACAAAAUUAUCAACACCGUGAAGACCACCGAGACUUAACCUCAUCAACCUCACUACCGAUGGAUGUCUCUACCAAAAACCUCCCUAGCAUUCACAACAUGGUGCCUGACCCAGUAGAACAGCCCGCUGGUGAAAUGGUACGAGUCACUGUACCUGAACCAGUACCCACCACCACCACCGCGACUACUAAUACUACCAGUACCAGCACCAGUACCAGCACCAGUACCACCACUAAGGAUACCACCACCUCUACCGACACAGCACCACCACAUCCUGCCACCAACCUCAAGAAAAGAUUCAAUUCCUUGAAACAGCCUCGGUACCCAUUGAAGGAAUCCAAUGCCAACGUUCCCUCGCCCAUCUUGAAGAAGGCCAAAUUGAAUACGGGCUCUGCAUCUUCUACAUCAUCUCAUUAUUCCAUGUUAUCCAAAGUGUCAUUGGGUCAUUAUCAUCAUCCGAAGGUUCCUUCGCCUCAGAAACUCACUCAACCUCAUCCUCAACCUCAACCACAGCCUCAACCAUCGGUACUUCAUCCAAUUCGUCAAUCUCCUCAUAAACAGUCUCCAUUAAAACAUCAAGUAACUGUAGAACAAACAAGUGUAUCCACCCAGAAAUCACCUGAAUCACAGCCCCAACCUCAUGAAACAAAACCCACUAUUGCUGAAUCCGUAGCACCAGUAAAACAAGCCGUUCAUCGAGAUCCAAUUGAAGAAUCUCAUCCUCCUACAACAACCAAAAGUCCAGUAACUAUUCAUUCACACCCAAACAUAACUGUUGUUAAUAAUAACCAGUUAAAUAGUCAUAAACCACCUAAACCUUUACCUCAAUUACGAGAAUCGGCUAUAGCUUUACCAGCACCCGUACCAGCACCACCGGCUGCACCCCAUUCGAAUCAACCACAAGUGACUGUUGCAACACAACAGAUCCAACAACAACAAUCGAAAGCAUCCGGAAGACUCGUAGGAGAAGAGUUACAUACAUGGCAACAAUCAUGGAGAAAAAUCAUGAAACAAUCCAUCAUCUAUUUCGAAGGAGUUCAGGAAUAUAAUCGGAUCCAAAUGGCGGAAUAUAAACGAGCCGCUAAAUUAUUGAAAAUCGUAGGCAGUGAUAUAACGGCCUUUUAUGAUAAUGAUGUAACCAUCAUUAUAUCUCGUAGAUCAUAUAAUCCCAAAAUCAAAUAUCCAUCGAAUGAUAUAUUUUCAAAUGUAUCUAAUUUAAAAAUUAAAGUAUGGGAUUACGAUAAAGUGUUUAGAUUUUUAAAGAAUUUAGGCAUGAAUAUUAUGACGGGAGUUGAUGAACUUGAGAAUAAAUCAAAGGAUAAUAAUUUAUCAACAUUAUUAAAGGAAGAAAAGAUUUAUGGAGCUACAGAUCGAGAUCCCAAUACUAAACGAGAAGAUUUACAUUAUUUAGAUAAGAAUUAUCUUUAUGUAUAUGAUUUAAGUCAAAAGGUUCGUCCAAUAGCCAUACGAGAAUGGGAAGAAGAGAAUUAUCCAUUAUUUAAUUUAACCCUUGAUGGGAAAUGUCCGUUUAUAAAUGAGUCAUCAGACAAUAAUGAACGAAAGAAAUUAAGAAGAUUAAAAAGAUUUGAAAUGACAAAAGAGUAUCGAGAGUUACUUAGACGAGCCACUAAUAAUCUUAUUAAUAAUAAUUCUACUACUACUACUAAUUUAAAAUCUUCCUGUGAUAUCAUUGGCACAAGUACAAGUACUGAUAAACCAUUUAAUGAUAUUCAAGAUAAUAUUCAAGAUUUACCAGUCCAAGAAUAUCUGCAAGCUAAAAUCCAUGAUGAAGAUACUACACAAUUGAUUAAUACCAUUAAUACGAGUAUGUUUAAACAACCAGGUCAAUUAACUAGAAAUUCUUCAUGUAUUCAACCAGGAAUUGGAGCCUCUAAUUCCAAAGUAUUUGAUGUAGUUGCCUCGGGAUUUAAUGGAGCUUCUAAUGCCAUGAGUUUCUCUAUGGAUUCAAGUUUAAAUUCAGGAGCAGCUCAACAGGGCAAUGGAUUAGGACCCAUGAUAUCCCAAGUGCCUUCACGAAAUCUUAAUAACUUAAAGAGAAGAAUCAUUAUAAAGAGACAACAGCAACGAGAGAACACGGCCACCACUGCCACCACUGCCAAAAAGGAAAAGGAUGAUGCCAAUAAGGAAAACAAUCCAGGAUACUGUGAGAAUUGUCGGGUCAAAUAUGACAAUUUCGAACAUCAUAUCCAUUCCAACAGACAUCGUAAUUUCGCUUGUAAUGAUGCUAAUUUUGUUGAUAUCGAUCAAUUAAUUCAGAAGUUGCAAGACGCCCGGGCUUUGGGGUUUAUCUCUUCCAACGGAGAUUACAGUUGUGUCUGAGUCUGAGUUUGAGUCUGAGUCUGAUGUCAUUUCUAAAAGUUUAUCUGCAUAUAUUAAAUAAUUAUUUUAAUUAUUUUAAUUAUUUUAAUUUAUUAAUUUUAUUAAUUUUAUAUUUUUUUUGCAA